CCUAAGCAGGAACCGCCUCCUAAGCAGGUCGCAUCGCAUCUUGCGCCCAGUUGGACGCGCCAUCAGCUUAUAUAUUGUUGUGUGAAGCAUCUUCUUAGCACAGUCAGUGAAGACUUGCACCCAGGUUCAAUCGUUGAGCAAGACCGAGACUAAUCGUACACAGCUUCUUUUGUUCUGGUAAUAACAUGACGACGACAAUUUCCUCCGCCUCCCUCCACCAGCGCAACGUCGCCCGAUCCUCAUCUGCAGUCGAGCCUCGAUUUCAUCGCGAAGUGGUGCAAAGCGACGCCGUGCGAAACGAAUUGGUGCGAGCAUUUCGCCUGAUCGACACCAACGGCGACGGCCGGAUCUCCUACGAAGAGCUCUCAGUUCUCCUUAAUCGCCUAGGUAUCGACGACGGUCUAGCUGUCGUCCAAGAUAUCAUCGGCCACGCGGAUCGCGACGGCGACGGUCAGAUCGACGUCGAGGAAUUUUUACUCGCUGCCCAUAAAGCUCCCUGUAACUGUCACAGCAUCGGCGCGCCUUGCUGGCACGAAAACGAGGAUCUUCAAAAGGCUUUUACGCUGUUCGAUUGUGACAAUAGCGGGGAUAUUACAGCGGAGGAGCUCCAGCAGGCGAUUUGGAAAUUGAGCGGCGAUUCCGUGAGCCUUUCGGAUUGCCAGAGGAUGAUCGCCAGGGUUGACUCUAACGGGGAUGGAAUGGUGGACUUUAACGAGUUUCAGCGCAUGAUGGAGGGAGUGUUCGGCUGAAAGCAUGACGCUCACGUGGCAUACUCGCCCUUGAUAUUAACAUAGGUACUACCGUACGCCUGUCAAUAAGACCCGACCCGACCCCAUGCCGACCGACAGAGCCAUCAUCAUGACGCCAUGGUGGCAUGAGACCUCUCCCUCUAGUAGCAGAAUAAGUGCACCAGGGGUUUCCGUUCCCCUUUCCAGUUCGGACAUGAAUUCAGAAUCGCACCCCGUUAGUACACCAGCCCUCUGGUAUUUGCGGACCUCCUGCAUACACUCUCAUCUGCUGGAUUCUUAUCUUGUAAUAUUUAAUUUCUUUUCUGAGAUGUUACUUUGUGCAGCAUCAUAUUGUUGGCAGAACCUCAACCCUGAACCUGGAGCUGUCAAACCAGCUUUUUAAAUGGACCACAAGAGUUUCUCAUCA